AAGGUGUGGCCGUUCCCGGAUUAAUGCCGCGGUUCAUUGUGGAUACGUAGCGCCGAUCACUGACGCGUUAUUCUGAGGCUCCGGUCCGUUAGCCCGCUGCCGGCCCACCGUCUCGCCCCGACAGGGUCACUGACCGCACUUCGCCCUUCGGCUCCUGCCUGCUGUAUCUGUAAUCUGUGACGGGGCUUUGCAGCGGCUUUCUAUCUCCGUAUGGCGGAUCCCUGACUGUCGGUGGCCGCAUCCGUGCAAACGGAGGUCCGGGUGGCUUAUGACGGACCAGUAACCGCCUGCGGAGUGAGCCGGGCGCGGUUCUUCAAGCCACCGCCUCCCCGGACUGCCUGGCCACUAUGGACUCCUGAAUUAUGAAGCACAGCUCUCAUCUGGCUCUUGUCUCCGGUUACCACUGCUACUAGCUGUUAGCCUCAGUGACACUCUUUUUAAAGAGAGAGAGAGGGAAGGAAGGAGGGGGGCAACACUGACCCAGCAGCUGCUGCUUGGACACACAUGGUACAUAGCUGCCAUACCCGGGCCUGCAUCUCUACAGUGCUGCCCUCCCGCUGACGCCCCAGCAAACCUAGGGCUCAUCGCCGCUUGCCACCACACAAACAUACAUUGGAUUUUUCCUUUUCCUUCUCGGCUGUGGGGAACUGUGGUCUGCUUGUGAGCGCCCCCGGUCAUGGAGGCCGGCAUGGAGUACUGCGUGGCCCAGGUGAUGCAGAAGGAUGUGGGUCGACGCCUGCAGGUAGGCCAGGAGAUCAUAGACUUUAUUGCCGACAAGGAGAAGUCCCAUGAUCUGGAGCAGGACCAGGCUGUGCUGGACAGGAUGGUGGAUGGCAUCGCCAGCUCCUGGGUCAACUCCAGCAACUUCAAGGUGGCUUUGCUAGGAAUGGACAUUCUGUCUGCUUUAGUGACCCGGUUACAAGACCGCUUCAGAGCCCAGAUUGGCACAGUGCUGCCGAGUUUGAUAGACCGAUUGGGAGAUGCAAAAGACCAGGUGAGAGACCAGGAUCAAGCUCUGCUGCUGAAGAUCAUGGAGCAGGCUGCCAACCCUCAGUACGUGUGGGACAGGAUGCUGGGCGGUUUCAAGCACAAGAACAACCGGAGCAGGGAGGGGGUCUGUCUCUGUCUGGUCGCCACCCUCAGCGUAUAUGGAGCUCAAGGUUUAACCCUCAGCAAGAUUGUACCACAUAUAUGUAACCUGUUAGGAGAUCCCACAAGCCAGGUCCGAGAUGGGGCCAUGAACUGUCUUGUGGAAAUCUACCGGCACGUCGGUGAGAGAGUACGGAUAGACCUCAGUAAGAAGGGCCUGCCCCAAUCACGGUUGAAUGUAAUCUUCAGUAAAUUUGAUGAAGUCCAAAGAUCUGGGAACAUGAUCCUGUCAUCUGCCUCAGACAAGAACAUUGACGAUGAAGACUCUUUGGAUGGGGGCCGGUCCUCCUCCUCCUCCUCUUCCUCCAAGGCGCCCCCUGGUGGCCGCAGGAGUGUGUGCGUGGGUUCCGUACGCAGGCCUGUCCCAGCGGCUGGUCCCAAGGUCCCAGGGAAGGAGGGGGCCAGCGCAGGGGCAGUGGAUGAGGAGGACUUCAUGCGCGCCUUUGAGGAUGUGCCUACUGUGCAGAUUUACUCCAACCGGGAGCUGGAAGAAUCCAUUAACAAGAUCCGGGAGGUCCUGUCCGACGACAAGCACGACUGGGAGCAGCGCGUAUCUGCGCUGAAGAAGGUGCGUUCUCUCCUCCUGGCCGGUGCAGCGGAGCACGAGGGCUUCAUUCAGCAGCUCCGCUCCCUAGAGGCUGCCUUCAAGCUCUCGGCCAAAGACCUCCGCUCGCAGGUGGUGCGUGAGGCCUGCAUCACGCUGGGGCACCUAUCCUCCGUGUUGGGGAUCCGCUUCGACCAUGGUGCCGAAACCAUCAUGCCCACGCUACUCAACCUCGUCCCUAACAGUGCCAAAGUCAUGGCCACGUCCGGCGUGGCUGCCAUCCGGCUCAUCAUCCGCCACACACACUACCCCCGGCUGAUUCCGAUCAUGACCAGCAACUGCACAUCCAAGUCUGUGGCCGUCCGACGGCGCUGCUACGAGUUUUUAGACCUCCUGCUGCAGGAGUGGCAGAUGCACUCUCUGGAGCGGCACGUCGCGGUCCUCACAGAGACCAUCAAGAAGGGCAUCCAUGACGCCGACUCCGAGGCAAGAUCUGUGGCCAGAAAGUGUUACUGGGGCUUUCACGGACACUUCAGCAGGGAGGCAGAGCACCUCUUCCAAGCUCUGGAGGCCUCUUACCAGAAGGCCCUGCAGUCGCACCUGAAGAACUCGGACAGCAUCGUGUCCCUGCCGCAGUCAGACCGCUCGUCCUCCAGCUCCCAGGAGAGCCUCAACCGCCUUUCUGCGAAGAGCCCAAUGGGGACCAGCAUGGCACGAGCCAAAGUGGUGAGUUCCAAGGUCCCAUCAGCGCCAGGCUCCCUCCAGCGAUCCCGCAGUGACAUCGACGUCAACGCUGCCACCAGUGCCAAGUCCCGCAUGACGACGGUUCCCACGUCCGCUGCACCCUUCAGUUCUGCUGCCGCCCUGCCUCCUGGGUCCUACGCCUCUCUGGAUGGCACGCCUGGUAAACCAGAGGGUCGUGUUCGCACCAGGAGGCCGAGCUCUGGAAGCGCGGUGGGGGUGAGCACCGUCACCACAGACAGCAGGGGGCGCAGUCGUGCCAAGGUGGCAUCCCAGUCCCAGCGAUCCAGAUCAGCCAAUCCAACUGGUGCUGGUAGUCGCUCCAGCUCUCCGGGACGACUCCUGGGCCACGCUCAUGGCCGGGCCCCCCGCGCCUCCGCAUCUGCCGCCGCCACGCCGUCCUCUGACAAACGUGUCAGGGUGCCUCGGAGCCAGGGCUGCAGUCGCGAGACCAGUCCCACCAGGCUAGGCGUGGCCCGGAGCCGCCUCCCCCGGCCCAGCGUGAGCCAGGGGUGCAGCCGUGAUACCAGCCGCGAGAGCAGUCGGGACACGAGUCCCGCGCGCGGUUUCGCUCCUCUGGCCUCCCGACGGCACUCCCGCUCCACCAGCGCGCUCUCCGCGGCCGACCCCGUGGCCCAGUCAGACCGCUUCGGCCUGGUGCAUCCUGCUCGGAUCUCAGCCAUGAGGGUCCUCAACACGGGCACAGAGGUGGAGGCGGCGGUGGCAGACGCCCUGCUGCUCGGUGAUUCCAGGAACAAGCGGAAGCCCGUCCGCCGGCGGUACGAGUCGCCGGGGAUGUACUCGGACGACGACGCUAACAGUGACGCCUCCAGCGCCUGCUCAGAGCGCUCGUACGGCUCCCGCAACGGUGGCGUGCCGCAUUACCUGCGGCAGACGGAGGAUGUAGCUGAGGUGCUCAACCACUGCGCUAGCUCUAACUGGUCGGAGCGCAAGGAGGGUCUACUGGGCCUGCAGAACCUGCUCAAGAGCCAGCGGAUCCUCAGCCGAGUGGAACUGAAGAGGCUCUGUGAAAUCUUCACCAGGAUGUUUGCCGACCCACACAGCAAGGUGUUCAGCAUGUUCCUGGAGACGCUGGUGGACUUCAUCCUCGUUCACCGCGAGGACCUCCAGGACUGGCUCUUCGUCCUGCUUACCCAGCUGCUGAAGAAGAUGGGUGCCGACCUGCUGGGCUCCGUCCAGGCCAAGGUCCAGAAGGCCCUGGAUGUCACCAGGGAUUCAUUCCCAUUCGACCAGCAGUUCAACAUACUCAUGCGUUUCAUCGUGGAUCAGACCCAGACGCCCAAUCUUAAGGUGAAGGUGGCCAUUCUCAAGUACAUAGAGUCGCUGGCCCGGCAGAUGAAUCACGCGGACUUUGUGAACUCCAGCGAGACCCGGCUGGCCGUGUCGCGCAUCAUCACCUGGACCACGGAACCGAAGAGUUCUGAUGUGCGGAAGACCCUGCAUAACUGGGCGGCUGAGGAACUUUCGGGCAGGUCCUGCACCACGGCCUCCCUGCCUGGGGAGGGCAACCUGGAGGAAAGGUGCAAGCAGGCCGCCCAGGUGGUGCUUAUCUCACUGUUUGAGCUAAACACGCCAGAGUUCACCAUGCUGCUGGGGGCGCUGCCUAAAACUUUCCAGGAUGGAGCCACCAAGCUCCUGCACAACCACCUGAAGAACUCCAGCAACAUGGGCGUGGCGUCUCCCAGCAGCACCAUGGGUCGCCCCCCUCCUCGGCACCCCGGUAGUCGGAGCAGCCCCCUCACCUCCCCCACAAACUGCUCUCAUGGGGGGCUGUCACCCAGCUUGUUGGAGUAUGACACGGAGAACAUGAACUCAGAUGAGAUCUACAACUCGCUGCGUGGCGUCACCGAAGCCAUCCAGAGCUUCAGCUACCGCAGUCAGGAGGACCUGAAUGAGCCCGUGAGGCGCGAGGGGAAGAAGGACGACACCGUUGGCCGGGAGGCUCUUCUGGCCGGUUCUGGGUCUGACCCCCGCCUGGGAAUUGACGUCAUCGAGGGGGGGCGUACGGCGCUGGACAACAAGACAUCACUGCUCAACACACCGUCCCCACGCUCCUUCGCGGGGCCCCGGGGUCGUGAAUACAGCCCCUACACCUAUGCCGACACCAUCAGCUCUUACGACAAAAGCGCCCUGAAGGAGGCGGUGUUUGAUGAUGACGUCGAGCAGUUCCGUGACGGCCGGCGCUCAGCCUGUGGUGAAAACAAGAUGUCUCACACCAAGGGGGUUUCUCCUGUGCCCCUGGACCGCUCUGAGCUGGUUGCCGAGCUCCUGAAGGAGCUGUCCAAUCACAAUGAGCGUGUGGAGGAGCGCAAGGGGGCACUGGUAGAGCUGCUGAAGAUCACGCGGGAGGACAGCCUCGGCGUCUGGGAUGAGCACUUCAAGACGGUGCUGCUGCUGCUGCUGGAAACGCUAGGCGACAAAGAUCACACCAUCCGGGCCCUGGCUCUACGUGUCCUGAAGGAGAUUCUCCGGAACCAGCCAGCUCGAUUCAAGAACUAUGCAGAGCUUACCAUCAUGAAGACACUGGAGGCCCAUAAGGACUCUCACAAGGAGGUGGUACGGGCAGCAGAGGAGACUGCCUCUACCCUGGCAGGCUCCAUCCACCCGGAGCAGUGCACCAAGGUGCUGUGUCCUAUUGUGCAGACGGCCGACUACCCCAUCAACCUGGCAGCCAUCAAGAUGCAGACCAAGGUCAUCGAGCGCAUCGUCAAGGACUCUCUGCUGCAGCUUCUGCCCGACAUCAUACCUGGGCUCCUGCAGGGCUAUGACAACACGGAGAGCAGCGUGCGCAAGGCCAGCGUGUUCUGCCUGGUGGCCAUCUACUCCGUGAUUGGCGAGGAGCUGAAGCCACAUCUUUCCCAGCUCACGGGCAGCAAGAUGAAGCUGCUCAACCUGUACAUCAAGAGGGCCCAGACCACCAACAGCAACAGUAGCAGCUCAUCGGAUGUGUCCACACACAGCUAGCCUGUCUGCGGCCCGUAGCCGCCCCCCCACCCCCACGGCGGCCAUGCCUCUUUCCAGACCUCUCCAUCUGUGUUUGCAUCAACACCCACCUCCUCUUCCCCCAGCGGUGGGGGGAGGGGGUCAUUGUAUAUGUUUCAGCCAGUGUUUACUAUACACGAUUUCCUUUUACCUUCAUACUUCUGGAUGUGGAGUCGUUUUGCAGAUAUUUCUCCCUUUUCUGGAGCGACGAGGUCUCACCGGGUGGGAUGUGGGACAAUCGCUGUCUGUACUGCAGCCUUGCUGUUACUCAUGUCCUUCUGAAUCGAUGGCUUAGCUGAAAAUGUUAUGAUUUUUUUUUGGCAAUGAAACAAAUAAGGGCAAAUGAUAUCUGCUUACUGCGGUUAUCUAGAGACCUUUGAGCUGCCCCACUUUGCCCUAAAAGCGGAUCCUCAUCAUUCCUGCAAGUGGCAGCAGCCUUGAAUAAAGGGCAUGUUCCGAAGAGCAUGUCCUGCUGGACCUGUGAGAAACGGCUGGGGUCGUCACCUAAUCAUUCACUAUUUGUCACGGCAGACGAUCAUUUGGCUGGCCGAGUGAUUAAUACAUGAGGGUCUAGUGUAGUAUUCCAACGCUGAGCACAGUAACAACCAAAAAUAUAGGGUUAUACACAGAAUUAUAAUUUUUUUUUAUUUCCAUAUGUUAUAUGUUUUAUUUAACCAAGGACCGCGAAUUAGUGAGAAUUUUCCAGACAACUAAACGGAAAUUUGUUGAAUACUUUGCUUUUGACAUUCAUCAUGAAGGGCAGAUAAAAAGUUUUGUUUUUCAUGAUUAAUCACGUUACACGGAUGUUUAGUCACUUAAUGGUCACUUAAGGUGAAAGUAUUAAGCUGUCUGACUGACCGGCGACUUGCUCAGCUUCAGGUAUAAGCUGUGCUUCUGUGAGGUCCAUAUGGCCUGAUCAGAGUCCGCCAUAGUUUGUCUCAUUACAAUCGUUUUUUUUUUUUUUUUUUUUUUUAAGACAAAAAUAGUCCAUUAUGAGGAAAUAUUUAUGGGAAUAUAUUGUUUUUCCUGGGGAAUCCUUGACAAUCUGAAACACUAAUUUGUGAAUGGGAUAGGCUGAGGACUCGUGUCCUCAAGAAACGUGCCAACUGAUAAAGCAGCUCGAAUGAAACACGCCCCCCCCCCCCACACACACACACACACGGUAUGUGCCUGUCGCAGGACAUCCAAUGACAUUUUACACUCCAGCCUUCGUCAGAAAUUCCGUUAGUCAGUGCACUGUAUAAAUGUGAGACGUUUCUCCGCUUAGAUUUUUAUUUAUUUUUGUUUUCCUGUGGCCGUCAAAGAGAGGAAGGGCUGUAACGUGUUGCUGCGGAUUUGCGGUGCCCCAGUUCCGAAGGUGACAAGCCUGACACUAAAGCCUAUGUCCCUUACACAUAACGUCACAGCAGUGGACACUAAAGACACUCUCAGGCCUUACUCGCAUUUUCAGCGUACUGUUUUCACCACACAGACUGUUAUUGGGGUGGCACGGUGACGCGGUGGCCAGCAAUGGGGUCUGCGUGCUCUCCCUGUGCUGCGGGGGUUUUUCCGGACUCUCCGGUUUCCUCUCACAGUCCAAACACAUGCAGUUAGGCUGAUCGACGUCUCUAAAUCGCCCGUUGUGUGUGUGAGCUUGUGUGCCCCGCUAAUGACCGGCACCCUGUCCAGAGUGUCCCCUGCCUCAUGUCCUGCUGCCCAGAAUGGGUUCCAGGCCCUAACCCAGCCCUGUACUGGAACAGCUGUAAAACGGACGGUCGUGUUGAAUGUUAAGUGGUGCUACUGUGUGCUUGUCCUUCUCUGCAGUGCGAGAGCCUGUGUAGUUCAGAAGGCCUCAUUUUGUGACGAUGAAGAAAGGUCUGAUGUCAAGAAAGGCCUUCUAACUCACCUGUACCCAAUGUAACCAGUUUUCUGCAAUUAAAAAAAGACGCACCCUUAAAAUAUUUUGUACAUUUCUUCCAGUUGCUGCUUCGCAAACUUAUUAGAAAGCAAAAAAAGAAGGUCAAAGAGCUCUUGUUUUGCACGUUAACAGGUAACCUGCAUGUCUCAGAAACCCACCCCGCUGUGCUGUGACUGGUUCUGAUCCGAGUCCCUUGGCUCCUCAGCUCGGCCUGUACAUACAGUAUUAAUCUGAACUGGAAAAGCAAUCAAACACUACUUGAGCUAUUUUUGGGUCUGUCCACCCAAACUGAGGUCUAAGAUAGUCGUGCCUCUCGGAGAGCAGCCUGCCGACUACGGGUGUGAGACCCUGACUCGAGACGGUUCUGGGACGUCUGGGUGUGUGGCCCGGUGUCCGCCACCCUCCAUGCUAGGCUGGCUCAGACGAUACUUGCAGACAGACCCGCUUCACACCAGUCAAGAUGAGUACGUUUCCAGUACAGUUACUUUGAGCCUUUUCCAGAGUUUUGCUUAAUUCCUGUCUAUAGGGAGAAAGUCUUUACGUUUUGCAGGAGAUAGCGAGUCUCCAGAAAGGACCGUGCUCUUUGGCCAUUACCGUGGAAUCCAUAGCGAAAUGUUGAUGAAGCAUGUUUUGUUUUUAAAUUUAAUUUUAAUUUUUUUUGUUUUUUUUUUUGCUUUUGUCAUGUAAUAUCAAUAUGUAUUUAUAUAUUGUUUUAUUUUGUGUGUAUCAUGACAGCUGUACAGAUUUAAUGUUUGUUCUUGUUUUUAUUAAUAGCCACAUGUGAUAGAAUUUGCAGACAAAAAAUUAUAAACAUCAGUUUGCUCUAGAAAUAAACCAAAUUCAAAGACCUCU